AUGCUUUCUGUCAAAUUAUUAAGCACUGCUGUUUUAACACUUUCAACACUAGCAGCUGCACUUCCAGAGCCAGCUGCUCUUGCUAUAUCAGACGAAGGUACUUGUGCGACUUCCGCUUGCCGUACCUCCUGUAACUUAAUGAUCAUCGGCGGUACACAAUGCACAUCAAACACAACUAAUCCAUACGCUGGUCCAUAUGACACAGACUGUCUGUGUUCUUCAAAUUCCAACUUGAUGAGAAACUACGCUGCUUGUUUGGAGUGUGGUUGGACUCUAUGGAACAACUACGGACCAUAUGCUUCAUCUGCUUUGGCUGCUUGUGGCUUACCAACUGAACCAACUGGUACUGUCUCAUGCUCUACAGCAGCAACUACAACAGUAGCCAAUUGUAUCGAAGAAGGAAACUGUUUGAUCACUAAUGCAGCCCCAGUACAAACUGUGAAGACUACCGCAGUUGACAAACCAGCCUACACUGUUAAGACAACUUCAAAGGCAUCUUCAGAGACAUCAUCUACCACUAACCUUGGUGCGCCAGCCUACGCUGUUACUUCUGUUGUCAAAGCCCAAGACACUACCACACUUGCUGCUGCUUACACUGUUAGAACCACUGGUUCUUCUCAAGGCACCACUACUCUUGCAGGUGCGCUCACUGUAAGCACUACUUCUAGCGAGGGUACUACGAACUUGGGUGCUCCAGCUUACGCCGUUAAGUCUGCUGUUAAGUCGUCUUCAUCUGCCAACGCUGAAGCCACCACUACUCUUGCAGGUGCCUUCACUGUAAGCACCACAUCUGCAGAGGGUACUACCAACUUGGGAGCUCCAGCUUAUGCU